AGGGCAUGUUAAGGCCGGUUUUAAUUCAAAGGAAGGACAUCCGACUUAAACAGACACCAAAACAACGGGAAGCGAUUGGACGAGGACAAGGACAAGGACGAAAUCGCUACAAGUCAUAGCCAUUCGGACUGAAACAAAAACUAUUCGACAGCAUAUCAUGAUGGUUAACACAUUCUGGAGAGGAGACACAACAAAGGUUAUCCUGCUACAAGUUCUUGUUGCCAAUUCUUUAUUGCUCUUCUCAUCAGUCACGGGCGAUGCUGCAACAUGUAACACCAAAUCUGUUAUACCUGAAGUUAAAAUCUUCUCAAGUCCGCCAAACCGCACGCAACCCAUCGCAGCAGCCAUUAAUCUGACCUGUGAAGCGUGGCCCAAGCACAACGACGCGUCUUAUGUCAGGAGAUGGAUCAAGUAUAUCCAGUGGUAUGAUACCCAUGGAAGACAAAUUGGAGACAAAUGCCUCAAACCACAACCAGUGAAGAAUCUGAAAUGUCCAUUAAUUCUCAAGAAUCUGACCAUAGAAAACUUCGGGAACUACACUUGUGAAGCAGAAAAUGACUAUGCUGGAUACUGCACGAGAAAAUCCGUUGAAAUUCUUCAUAAAGAAAACUUAAGUCCAAUUGACACAACAAAGGCACCCCACCUUCUAUUUCCUGAGGUGGUUGAAAACCCAAAGAACCAAAGCGUUUUCAUUGGCUCCAAUGUAACUUUUAACUGUACUGCCAUGGGUCUUCCAACACCAGCCAUCUCAUGGAUGAAGAACAACGACUCAUAUGCGGUAACAUCCAAUGUGAGAGCCAGGGUUGUUUCAGAUAACAAAAAUAAUCACAGUCAGCUGAUAAUAACGGAAGUGAAGAUAGAAGAUAAUGGCAAAUAUAAAUGCGUUGCAAGCAACAGUGCUGGUGAGAAGACAUCGUCAGCGGCUUUCUUGUACAUAAAAGAGUUAGAUUCCAAAAUGAACCAAGAAACAGGAAAGGAAAAAUCCUCAACCUCUUCCCAAAUAAGUUUCUUUACUUUAUCUUACGCUAUAAUUGCCGCCUUCGCCGGUGUUUUCAUCGGUGGAAUAUGUGUGGGGUUUUAGUUCAGAACUACCAGACGUCGUCGAAAGAUCUCUUUCCAUACAGCAAACGACUGUAAGGAACGAAUUUCAAUUGUUCAACUAGCGUCAAAUUUCUCUCUCUUCUAUGGAUCAGAUUCAGAACGUUCAGUUUUUUACUAUUAAUUUUACUGUCAAUUCUUGAACGAAAAAGACGAUCCAUUCUUGAUCGAAAAAUACGAUCAAUUCUUGAUCAAAAAAGACUUACUACUUGCAUUUGCGUUAUUGUAAAUCAUCGAUUUUUCUUUAGUUCCAAGAGAAAAUUUAUUGCAAUUUUUUUAAAUUUUUAACUCUGCCCAUAGGUUGACUAAAUGAUGAAUCCUUCGCGGUGUUUUCAAAGUCGCCUCUUUUCAUGACCAUACUUGAUAGACGCGGUUAAAUUAUUCUUUUGCUGAUGGGAAAGAAACAGUCCAGAACCUAAGGAUAUCCAAGAGUUAGCGAUGUUAGUGAUACACAGGGCAUUAGAGAAUAAGAUGCUAUCAGAUAACUGAAAAUUAAAUUUCUAGUGUUAGAAAUUGUAAAUGUUUAAAUAAUAGAAUUUUUUAGCAAGAUAUAAAUAUUGUCAAGUAGCUACGAGUAGAAUCAAUUAAAAUUGAUCUCUUGUUAAUCUUUGUAAUUAGGGCCAGAGUACAAGUGAACCAUAAGCAACUAAGCUGCAAUUAAAAGUGGUGUUUGUGGAUUUUCUAGCAACUGUUAUUAAAGUAAUUAGUCCUGAGCCGUAAU